AUGUCGACGAAACACUACUUUCCUUCCACUGCGGCAAACACGUUGGUUCCGCGAGCGCUUCGAGCCCUGACAACCGCAAACCCUCACCUGGCUCUUGACGAAGAGCAUCGCGUUGUCUUGAGCAAAAGCCAUGACCAGUCGCGCGUGAGUGUGAUUGGUGGGGGCGGUUCCGGUCAUGAGCCAGCAUGGAGUGGCUUCGUCGGCGAUGGACUGCUCUCCGCCGCUGCCUGCGGCGACAUCUUUGCUUCGCCAAGCGCGAGUCAGGUUCUGGCGGCCAUGGACGCCGUGCCUUCAGACCAAGGCACCAUCCUACUAAUUACCAACUACACCGGCGACAGAUUACAUUUUGGGUUGGCUGCCGAGAAAGCCAAAGCAAAGGCAGCCUCGUCUGGCCAACAGGGCAAUCGCAAGGUUGCUAUUGUGGCGGCCACAGAUGAUGUCUCCAUUGGGAGGAAAGUGUUCAAGGCGAUGAAAAUCCUGUGUUCUGCGGCUGCUGAGAACUGGCUCUUCGACGACUGUGUGCAUCUUGCUGAAACCAUCAACGCUCAUACUGUAUCUAUUGGCUCCGCCUUGGAUCACUGUCACGUUCCUGGCCGACAACACCAAUCGGUCGCCGAAGACACAUGUAUCAUUGGCGCAGGAAUCCACAACGAACCAGGCCGGCGCAUGCUGACGCCGUUCCCAUCUGUUGAUGAAAUCAUCAAACAAUGUCUUGCUCUCUUGUGUAAUCAAGAUGACCCCGAAAGAGGAUUUGUCGAGUUCGGCAGCGGAGAUGAGAUUAUCAUGCUCAUAAACAACUACGGGGGCUUAUCAACACUUGAACUCGGCGCGUUGACAGACGAAGUUCAAACUCAGCUAGCGAAACUAUAUGGCUUGAGGCCAUGCCGGACCAUGAUGGGCGCAUUUGAGACAUCGCUUAAUGCCCCUGGCUUCUCCAUCUCCCUAGCUAACCUAUCCGCGGCAGCCAGGCAGUGUGAUAGCACCACCUCGAAACUCUUAGAGUUGCUUGAUCGGCCAACGACGGCGGUGUCUUGGCCCAACGUUACCAACUUUGACAGGAGUGCCACACCACAGGUCAGCAAGGCGGGCGUCAACGGACUAAACGCUCAAUCGCACAGCGCCGAGAAAACGACAUUUUUCGACAUCGUGGGUUCAGAAGGAGGUUUUCCCGUGGACGCGAAGCUGCUGGAAAAGGCCGUCCGAUCCGCCUGCGAGGCUGCCAUAUCAGCAGAACCGCAUCUUACAAAAUGGGAUAUGAUAAUAGGCGAUGGGGAUUGCGGCGAGGCAGUCAAGGACGUGUGCGAAGCUGUGUUGUCCUUACUCGACAAGGGCGCCGCAUCUAGGGGGUCCUUGCUAAACUUUCUCGGGAUUCUCAUGGAAACGCUGGACAAGAUGGGCGGCACUCUAGGAGCUAUUUUCGGAAUCUUUCUGUCAGCAUUUUACUCUGCCCUCAAACAACCCGUGGAGCAGCACACCACCUCGACUGUCACCAGAUCGGAGCGCCUGUCCAAGUCUGUGGCGUCUGCUGUUGACAGCCUGCAGAGACAUACCCCCGCAAGGGAAGGCGACCGUACAGUGAUGGAUGUUUUUAUCCCGUUUGCCAAUGCGUACGCCGAGUCAGUCGACUUUGCGGCUGCCGUACAGGUGGCGGGAGACAAGGCUCUGGCCACGCGCUGGAUCAAGCCGAGUCUAGGAAGAGCGAGUUAUGUCGGCGAUGCUGCCACGAAGGAGCUUCCCGAUCCCGGAGCGUGGGCUUUGUAUGAGAUGCUUUGGGGUCUCGCUCAAGGGGUCGGUAUGGACGUGCCGCGGGUGAGCAGAGAUCAGGGUGAAGCUUGA